AUGGGGCCAGGCUGGCUGUUGCCCGUGCUGGUCCUGGUGCCAGGGCUGCCUGGGGGGUCCCCGGCACAGGAGCAGCUCCCCAGGGAGUCCCACAACCUCAACUGGGGCAAGUUUUCAGGGUUCUGGUACAUCCUAGCCAUUGCCUCUGACACCCCGGGGCUGGUGCCGGGCGGAGACAAGAGGAAGCUGGGGGCGUCCAUGGUGAAGGUUCACAAAAGGGACCAGCUGAAGCUGGUCCUCGUCUUUAACCGGUCACAGGGGUGCCAGGCACACUCACUGAUCCUGCGGAAAGACAGGAAGAGGGCUGUGUUCAGAAACACCUUGAAGGGGGUGGCGGGCUUCCAUGUGCUGACCACUGACUACAAGGACAGCGUGGUCUACCUGCGCCUGGGCCGGGCGGGCCGGACCACCAAGACCCUGCUGCUCCUCAGCAGACAGAGCACAGCCAGCUUCCUGAGCAUGAGAAAGUUCAUGGGUGUGUGUGAGGCUUUGGAGCUCACCCGCAGUGUGACAGUUCUCCCGAAAGAUGCUUCCUGUGCACACACCAUCCUGCCGUGA